AUUCUCAUAAUUAAAUAUAAAGAAAUAUGACGAGGAGACGAGGAAAACAUAUAGAUAAAGGAGAGGGAAGAAGGAGAUAGCCGGAAGUUGCUUCCUUUCUCUUGGUUUUUUUCUUUUCCAGAUCCAAUGAAACCAAGAAAAAAGAGAUUUCAUCGUUUCAUCUCAUCCUCUUAUCUAAAUUUAAAACCCUAAUGGAUCCAUUGCCUUAUCUCUCUUCCUAAUUCCCUCCCCUCGAUUUUCAUUUUCAUUUUCAUUUUCAUUUUCUCUUCAUCUGCUUCCCCCCCUUUUUUCCCCCUUAACAAUGUCGACCAGAGGGAGCAGAUCGGAGAAGGUCAAAAGAAUCUUUCAUAAAUUUGACUCUAACCAUGAUGGGGGUCUUAAUAGGGAUGAAAUGGCUGCCCUUGUUGUUGCUGUUAACCCUAGGGUCAAGUUCAGCGAUGAACAGAUCAAUGCUAUUCUCGAUGAGGUUUUUAGGACGUAUGGGGAUUUUAUUCAAGCUGACAAGGGUUUAACUUUUGAGGGGUUGUUGAGGACUUAUGAUGAUGGCGCUGGAGAUGUGGAUCGUGACUUCGACGCUCUUCAAUUGGAACUCAAUCAGGAUGAUAAUAAAGCUAUUUUGGUCACUUCAGAAGCUUCGUCUUCUUCAAUUACCGAUGAGCGUGCUUUGGAGUCGCAGAAGAAGCAGAGAACUGCUGCAUGGGCGUUGUCGCCUAAUCACGGCAUUGUGUUUGAUGAUACUUGGAAGAUUGUCGAUGAUUUGGAGAUUCUUAUUAAGAGGUUGAAGGCUAAGCAAGCUAAGGAUGGGAAAUUGAAGGGGGAUAAUUUCGAUGCCUACUCUGAUGCAGGUUGGUCCAGAGAAUUAGGGCCCUCUUCCGAGCUUUCUGAGAAGAGGGUUUUCUGGGAAGAGUCUGGCCAUGAUUAUGCUUCGUUUUUGAAGGAAUUAGGGGUGUUGAGAACCCGAGCAGAUCGAGCGCGAUCAAGAGAGGAGGCUUUUGAUGGCCAUAUGGCAAUUGGUAGGGUUUUGUAUGAGCACCAGCUCUUUAAGGAGGCUUUGGUAAGUUUCAAGAGGGCUUGUGAAUUGCAACCUACGGAUGUGAGGCCACAUUUUAGAGCUGGGAAUUGUUUGUAUGUACUUGGAAAGUAUAAGGAGGCUAAGGAAGAAUUUCUGUUGGCACUGGAAGCGGCGGAGGCUGGUGGGAAUCAGUGGGGAUAUUUGCUUCCACAAAUUUAUGUCAAUCUUGGUAUUGCACUUGAAGGAGAAGGUAUGGUUUUAAGUGCCUGUGAAUACUAUAGAGAAGCUGCAAUUCUUUGUCCUACACAUUUUAGAGCCUUGAAACUUUUGGGGAGUGCUUUAUUUGGGGUAGGAGAAUAUAGGGCUGCCGUAAAGGCAUUGGAAGAAGCCAUAUUCAUGAAACCGGAUUAUGCUGAUGCUCACUGUGAUUUGGCAUCGGCUUUGCAUGCAAUGGGGGAAGAUGAGAGAGCAAUUGAGGUGUUUCAGAAGGCAAUUGACUUGAAACCUGGUCAUGUAGAUGCUUUGUAUAAUUUGGGUCGACUUUACAUGGAUUUAGGUAGGUUCCAGAGAGCUUCAGAAAUGUAUACUAGGGUUUUAGCUGUGUGGCCUAACCAUUGGCGGGCGCAGCUCAACAAAGCUGUGUCCUUGUUGGGUGCUGGUGAAACUGAGGAUGCUAAGAAGGCCUUAAAGGAAGCCUUGAAAAUGACAAACAGGGUCGAAUUGCAUGAUGCAAUAUCGCAUUUGAAGCACCUGCAGAAAAAGAAGUUGAAAACCAACGGCAGUGCAAAUGGAGAAGGGUCUUUUAUAGUUGUGGAAGCCUCGAAGUUUAAGAGCAUUGGAGAGAGGACUGUUUUGAGACCGGAACUGUCAAAUGCUCUUGAAAUCAGGGCUUUUCAGAAGAUUACUAGAUUGAAUCGUUGUGACGUGGAACUUAUUAAGAAGGAAAUCAGUGAACAUGAUGUGCCAGUGUCUUAUUCAGGCAGCGGUGUGCCUGAGAAGUCCAUACGCAAGCCUAGCUUGGAAGAAAUUCUUCGUAGAUUAUUGAAUUUCUUGAAGCCAGAAACCUUCCAAGGAGCUGUCAAGGUUAUCAACGAGAGGAUACUUUCUGUCUUGGAUGAGUCAGGAUCAGGAAGGGUGGACUUAGGCCUGUUUUUCGCCGUUCUUGCUCCCAUUUGCACUGGCCCCCCUGAAAAAAGGAAGCGGGUGGCAUACGACGCCCUUGUAUGGCGACCCGUGAACGAUGGUGGUACACAAAUCAGAAAAUUUGAUGCAGUCAGGUAUAUAAAAUUGUUGAGGGCCAUAUAUGUUCCUACUCAAGGAUCCAGCGAAAUUCUGGAAGUCCAUGGCCAGACAGACAAUUCAAUUGUGUCUUUCACAGAGUUUCUUGUCAUGUUUAAUGACUCAGACUGGGGUUUUGGUAUCAUGUCCACCCUGUUGAAGCUAGAAACUGGGGAUAGAAACCGGCAUGGAAAUCACGUAUGCUCUGUUUGUCGUUAUCCUAUCACCGGUUCUCGAUUCAAGGAGAUCAAAUCACAUUUUAGCUUGUGCAAUCAAUGCUAUAGUGAGGGGAAGGUGCCUCCUUCAUGCAAGCAAGAAGAGUACAGAUUUAAAGAGUAUGGGAGUGAGGGUGAAGCAGUUAAAGACAAAUGCUUCUGUUUUUCAAUGCAGUCUCGUGAUGACUCUUAGUUUAGAUUACUCUCUUAAUCCUAUGUGUCAUGGUAUUAGGAAUUCAGUGUCAAUUAAUAUAGCCUCGAAUGUGUGCAGUGGGGCGUUUUGCCCUUUGUAUAAUAAUUCGGUUCUGUGAAGAAGCCUCUGGUAUAUUUGUUUGUUUAUUGCAGCAGUAGAAAUUUCAUCCUUCAAA